GAUGGCAGGAAACGGGAACAACUUUUACUCCACAUCUCCAAGGACACUCGCAUCGAUAAUCAGGUGGGGAGUAUAUAAAGCUGUGGUGAGAGGAGGUCAGGUCGCCGUGCGCGUGCCUUCAUAAAUAGUACCGAAAUUAUCAUAUUUGUCAUUUUCAUCCAGCACAAUGGGUGAACCGGCUCCCGAAAGAUUCCUUGGUUCACAACAUGAUUGCGAGUAUGCUUCAGACCCUCGAAAGAAUAAAGAGCUUGGUGCCUUGCUCAAAGAUCGCCAUGUUCUUAUCGCUGGAGGUGGACGAGGUAUAGGCAGAGCAACAGCUGAAUUCUUCGCACAUACAGCCAUCAAAUCACUCAGUUUGAUGGCGUUGGAGCUCGCAGAAGUGGACGAAACGGCCAAACUAUGCAAAGAAAUCAACCCAAAUCUGUUGACCAAGACGGCAGGCUUUGAUGUCAGAGAUUAUAGCAAGGUCCAGGAAUUUGUGGAUGAGGUCGACCGUGAAUUUGGACGAAUUGAUGUACUCUGGAUGAAUGCUGGUCGACCUCCCCAGUUCCUGGCAACUCAUGAGUCGGACCCUGGUAUAUGGUGGGACACUGUGGCCAUCUCUCUCCAAGGGUCUUUCAACUUCAGUCGAGCAGUCCUUCCAAUCAUGCGACGGGAGAAAGGUGGAAGGAUCAUUUUCACCGCUAGUGCGGGUGCCCAUGUCAGCAAAGGGAUGAGCAGCUAUGCGAUCGGGAAGCUGGGCAUGGUCCGGCUGGCCGAAACUCUGCAUCAUGAGAACAAAGACAGUGGGAUCAAAACUUUCGCCAUCCACCCUGGUGCGAUCCGGACUCGAUUCUAUACCGAUUUCAAAGAGGCGGCGGAGGGAAAUAUCAAGGAGGGCAGUUAUGUGCCGAGCAAGGACGAGGGGGACAAGCGAUCAGCAGAGACGGCGGUUCAUUUCUUCAAACAAGUAGAAUGGGACACGCCGCAGUUGCCGGCUGGCAUUGUUGUCGUCCUGGCGUCCGGACAGAUGGACUUCAUGUCUGGCAGAUACGUUGAUUGCAGCAGGAAGGUGGAAGAUUAUGUUGCAGACAAGGAUAAGAUCACGGGGAAAGACCUGCAUAGGGUGAAGCUGGUGGUUGACGACGAUUGGUUCAUACCUCAGUCUCAAGAUUGAACAGCGAUCAUAUGGAGGCAUUCUCGAUCAGCGCAAAUAUUCAAAUGGCCGACGUUGUAGUUGUCUUCCUAAACAAUAACGAUG